AUGAAGUCGAAAAAGGCCAGCAGUUUUGUGCUGCUGCUGUUGCUGGGUGCCGCUGUAGCAACCAAUGGACCCGAUCUGAGCUUUGGCGAUGCGGAAUUUUCGCUGCAGUACUUCAAGCGGUCGUUCAACGCUUCCGGCAACUUGGUCGUAUCGCCAGUGGCUGUCCGGCUUGCGUUCACUGCGCUGUAUCAGGUGACGGACAGUAGUACACGCGAAGCCGUACAGCGUGCCUUCUAUCUGCCGGCGGACACGGCCAACGCCCGUUCCAAUGCCGAACAGCUGGUGGACGAUCUGGAACAGAGCCCGUUCCUGAACGUGUCGUUUGCCUUGCUGCAGACGGAGGGUCAGCUUUCGCAAGAGCUCGAGGAAGCGACACGGACCAUCUUCCAUGUGAAGCCCCGCACGGUCCGGUUCGCUGACCGCAGAGCGGUCGUAGACGACGUUAACGAGUGGGCGGCUCGGGUCACCGAUGGACGCAUCAGCAACUAUCUGGCCGAAUCGGACGUGGACGUGAACGCGGAACUGAUGCUGCUGAACGCAAUGCAAAUGCGCGCCAACUGGGCCCAGCAGUUCGAAGUGGAGCGUACCGUCACUGAAAUGUUUCAGUUCCGCAACGGACCGACUGCGGUGAACAUGAUGAGUAUCUCGCUGGAGGUGCUGUACCAUGCCGAGCCCAAGUUCCAUGCGGUCCAGUUGCCGUACAGUGAGGAGAGCGAUCUUACCAUGUGGAUCCUAUUGCCACACCGCGACGGUACAUUCGAGGAGCUGUUCGAACUGCUGACGGCCGAUAUGUUGGACGUGCUGGAGACCUCGGCCAUGCCCAAGACGGUAGAUCUAUGGCUGCCAAAGUUCACCAUUACGGAGAGCCACGAUGCACGGGAGGUACUGUCGCGAAUGGGUCACGAGACGCUGUUCGAUCGGGAGGGAUUUGCCGUGUUCCAAAGCCACAAAUCGAUGCUGGGCGCGCUAAAGCAGACAACCUUCAUACAGGUUGACGAAAGGGGAACCGAAGCUGCCGCCGUUACAUCGGUCGGGACGAAAUUCCGCCUUCGAAAUACCCAGUUCCGGGUGGACAAGCCGUUCAUUUUUAUCAUCAAAAAGCUGUCCAUAGACACAAUCCUUUUCGUGGGACAUUACUCUAACCACAAGGAAGAGUCGUAG